AUGGCUCCCCAACUCCUUUGGAUAGGCCUCGGUAACAUGGGCCGUGGAAUGUGCUUGAACCUCGUGCAGAAAGGUUCUCUAGGCAAACCACAUCUAAUCUACAACCGUACUCAAAAGCGAUGCGACGAGUUCGUGACCCAAGUCGGUUCGGCCAAUGCCAAGACGUGUACCUCAUUGAAAGAGGGUGUCGGUUCAUCUGACAUUAUUUUCUCUUGCUUGAGUUCAGACUCCGCUGUAGAGAAUAUAUAUGAAUCCAUGGUUAAAGAGGGCGACGUCCGCGGGAAACUAUUUGUUGAAUGUUCCACCAUUUCGCCGGAGUUAGUUGAUAAGAUCGCGAAACUUAUGAUUGAUCACGGAGCAGAGUUUCACGCGCCUUACACAUAUCUCAAAAUGGCAAUGGAGAAGUCGCCGGGAGAUCAGGUUGAUGUCAGUGCGAUUUACGGUGCCGUUCGUAAGGCGAAUGGGCUCGAGUUUGAGAAUACUCCUUAG